AUGAAAGGAAACUUCAAUAACAAAAAAUCAGAGCCUGGUGGAAAAUCAACAGGAUUCUUCGAAAAUGGCGAGACCACUAAGAAUUUCAAUAAUCGUUUUGAUUAUUUAAUGACUAAUAGUGUAGGUUCCAAUGUUUUCGUCACUGUAUCAUCUGGUAUUACCUAUGAAGGGUUAUUAGUUUCUUGUAACCUAGAAUCACAAGAUGGCGUUGACGUCGUUUUGAAAUUCCCCAAAGUUGUGAAUUCUUCAAGUAAGGUAGACGGUGAUAUCGAAAAAUUAAGCAAUGCAUUAGGCUCAACUUUGAUUAUUAAUGGGAGCGAUGUCGCAGAGUUAGAAUUAAAGGAUAUUGAUUUAUCAUUGGAGGAAAAGUCAGAACAUUCCCAAACUCCAUCAACAGAUGGUAACAAAGCAAAAACUACAUCACCAACCGCUUCAGUACUUGCCGCUGGUAGUGGAGAAUUUAAGACAGACGUCGAUAUUUCCUCACGUAAGGAAUUCAAGCAACGUGAAUUGGAAAGAUGGACCCCAGACGAAGGAUCUGCACAUUUUGCGCACAAUGCUCAAACAUUAGAAGAAGCCUCUAGUACAUGGGAUCAAUUUGCUGUCAAUGAAGCUAAGUUUGGUGUUACAAACACUUUUGAUGAGCAUUUCUAUACUACUAAAAUUAACAAGAAUGAUCCUCAAUAUAGGCAAAGAUUGAAGGAAGCGGAAAGAAUUGCAAAGGAAAUCGAAUCCCAAGGUGCUCAAGGUAAUAUCCAUCUAGCUGAAGAUAGAGGUAUCAUCAUCGAUGAUUCAGGCAUGGAUGAAGAAGAUCUUUAUUCAGGUGUUGACAGAAGAGGUGAUGAACUACUGGCAUCUUUAAAAUCUAAUGCUAAACCGAUUACCUCCAAGGUUAAUAAAUAUGUUCCUCCAACUUUAAGAAACCAACCUCAUCAUAUGGAUCCGGCCAUUAUUUCUUCUACCACUUCUACUUCGAAGCAAAUGGGUAACACCUCAAAUGACGUAAAGGAGACUGUCGUACUACCACCAACUAACCAAGAAAAGGUCGCUAAGAAGGAGAAAUCGAAACAUAGAGAAGGCUCAAAAUCAAAAAUUAGUUCCAAGGAGGCUCAAAUUGAAGAACUAAAGAAAUUUUCAGAGAAAUUUAAAGUUCCAUAUGAUGUUCCAACUGACAUGAAGGAUAUAUUUAAGAAACAAGCAUCAGUUACUACACCAUCCGGGUUGAAGACUGAUCCAUCAUUACCACCUAAACCUAGUAUGAGUACCAAAGCAAAUACUCCACCCGUUUCCAAAUCUGACUCUAAGAGGAACGUUGGGUCUUCAACUCAUGAGAACCAAUCUGGGGCUAAAGGAGCCACUCAUUCAAGAAAACGUACUCCUGGUUCAUUCUUUGGUUCUAAGAAACCUACUGUCUCCAGUGCUAUCAAGAAAGAUUUAUUUAGACGUAGCUUUAACAUGUUUAUUAAAGCCAAAGAAAAUUAUGAUGAAAAAAUGAAAGAGAAGGAAGAACAAGAGUCAACCGUGGACACCACUAAGAAAACCAAAGAGGAUAAAGUUAUGGAACCAUUCUUCAUUGAGAAACCAUAUUUCACCGCACCAACUUGGCCAAAUACAAUUGAAAAAUCAUACAAAGAUUUAUUCCCAGAUCAAAAGACUUUGAUGCAAAAAGCUCAAGUGAAAAUGCAACAACGUGCUCAAAUGAAUCAAAUGCCAAUGGCCUCGAACAUGAAUCCACAUCUUGGUGUUGGAAUGGGGGCAGGUAUGAUGCGUUUCCAAAUGGGGGGUCCCGCACCAACAUCACCAAUGAUGAAUGCUGCUGGAUUCCCAGGAAUGUAUAUGCCUUUCCAACCACAACCUCCAAUGUUUUAUCCACCAAUGGGAGCACCAAUGAUGUUACCUACUGGUGACAUGGAAGGUGCGGAAUUGAAUGGUCCACCAUCUCAACCUGUUUCUCCUCGUAUCCCACCUGCAUAUAUGGCCGCUGCUGGAGGGGCACCUCAAACUUCCCCAAUGGGUGCCUUUGGAUAUCCAGGGGCGGCAAUGCCGUUUCAACCGAUGAUGGGUGCUUCAAAUGGUGUUGUGGGUGGUGGUAUGCCAAGACAAUAUAACCAACAUGGUGGUAAUGGCGGUCAUCAUGGCCGCCAUAACAAUUAUAAUAGCCAUGGGGGUAAUCAUCAUCAUAACCCCCAUCACAACAAUAAUAGAACGAAUAACAAUAAUUAA